AUGUUUGAGCAAAAAUUUGCUUCAAAAACCAUUCGUAUAAUACAACAUUUUAUUUCACUUCUUCGUAGACGACGUCUUGUUCUCGUAUGUCUUAUUCUUUCACUUCCUUUUUUAUUUUUUCUGACUUGGAUAAAUUCCAACUCAGCUUUGGCUGAAAUACAAAAUAAUUUCAGAGUAGAAUCUUCAGUCAAUAUCUCUUUCAACAAAGUCCAAAUUUGCAAUGAUAACAAUGUUUGUUCUUUCUGGAAACCAAAGUAUUGGAAGGAUAGUGAUUUACAGAGAGAACACAUUUAUCACAAUAUAAGAACGAUUCAAGUUCCAAUGGGCAUGAGUGUAGUUUUGGUCACUCAAGAUAAACGUUUAACGAUUCCUUUGGGUUUUACGAAUUGUACGGCUCAAGAAUUCUGUAAUUUGGUAGCACGCUUAGAUAUUUCAGCUGACUUAAGACUUGCUCUAGAACAAAUAGCUAAAAUCAAAGUAAUUCACCAUCAUAGGUCAAAACUACAUUUUCUCAAUAACGAUGUGACUCUUAUUACUCAAUUUUCCGUCAAUCGAUUAGAGCGUUUUGAACAAGCAUUAGCCUCUUGGCCUGGCCCUGUUUCUGUUGUAAUAUAUCUUACCAAUCCACAUGAUAUUCAUACACUUAUCGAUUAUUUCAAAAUGGAUAAAAACAUCUACCUUUAUAAUCGCGUUUCUUUAACCAUAAUUAAACCCGAUUAUUCAACAGACUACUAUUUAAAAUAUCCAAUCAACAAACUUCGAAAUAUUGGAAUCAAAACGGCACCAACGGAUUAUAUUUUUGUCAUGGAUGCAGAUUUUGUUCCAACUUCUCAAUUAUACCAUAUUGCAACUUCUACAUUAAUCCCUUUAUUACUGCAAUCACCCUAUCCAACCGCUUUCGUGGUUCCAUGUGUUGCAUUACUUGAAACCUAUCGUGGAAAAUUUCCAAAUACUAUUCCGGAAUUACAAAGUUUGUUUCGCCAAGGUAUUGCUUAUAUAACUGAUCCGAACGUAGGUCACGGUCCAACUGGAACAAACAUUUUUCUUGCUCAUCAAUUGUACACUACAUUACCUUAUUAUGAGGUUUGUUAUGAAUCUCAAUGGGAACCGUAUUACAUUAUAUCUAAAAAUGCUCCAUUAUAUGAUGAACGAUUUCGUAAUCAAGGUGGUGACAAACAACAACAUGCAUUUUCACUUAAUGCAUUAGGGUAUAGAUUUUUUGUGUUGAAAGAACAUUUUAUAUAUCAUAAAGAUCAUCCAAAAAUAGAUUGGCCUGAUGGUGGUUUAAGACGUGGGCAAUUGUCCAAGGAUCAAUUUAAUUAUUUUCAGCAUUAUAUUCCGGAAAUGCAAAAAAUAUUUGGGAUUAAUGUUAGGUGGCCAAGAGGAUGCUCUCAACCUUUGAUCACAGGUCAUAUGAGAGAGUUGCUUGGAAUUGGUUUUGGUUAA